UAUUUGUACGUGAAUGUAAAAGGCACCGUCCGUUAAACAUUCUCCUCCAUAAGAACAAAGUGUUCAUCCUGAACGUGGUGCGUUUUCUUUGGGCUAUUUGCGUGGCCGAUGACCCAGCUGCGCCAGAAAACCAACCGUUAAAGCGAUGAACAAGCACCAUUAGUCGGAAACAUCUCAACCUAUUUCUCACUACACACAUAUAAAUACACCCUUCAGCAAAUCAAUUAUCAGAGCAACAAAAGCAAACAAAAUACAAGGAAUAAAACACAAGCUUUUCAAUAAAUUUCAAGAAUAAAAUCAUGAACACCCUAAACAUGAAGUUCGUUGUCGUGGUCGUGUGCCUUGCCUUCUUCAUUGGAACCACCUGGGGCGAUGUGCUCAAAAGCGCCAAAGCCACUGCAGAGGAUGCCAAGGACGCCGCCGCCCCAACGGUCAAAGCUGCCAAGGACUCCGCCGCGUCAGCUGCGGAAUCUGCCAAGGAAGCCACCGCACCCGCCGUUGAUGCCGCUGCUCCCUCUGUGGAAGGUGCAGCACAAAAGUCUGAGUCUUUUGCUCAAUGGGCUUACGAUAAAAUUUCCGGUGGUUUCGGGAUGAAAUCUGACGACGACAAGUCAAAGGUGGUUGAAAAGGAGAAGUUACAAUUCUAAGGAAGAGGAUGCGAAGGCCACUUAGUAAUAGAUUAUGAAGAACUUCAAUUAUGUUGUUAAUGGGAAGUUCUACCGUUACAUCAGAAUCAGUGUAACGAGUAGUUUUUCUAUUUCUUUUUCUUUUUCUUGGCAUAGGAAAGGGUGGUUGGUUCCUUUUGUUUCAGCGACUGUGCCCUUACCUUAGUUCCCAUGUUGUGCUGCCACAACUCUAAUUAUAAAUAUACUUUUUUAUGCUCUUA